GGCUAACUUUAAUAAAAGUACCACCAGGAGGGAGGACGGAUGCGUCAAGGCUGUGACCUAGCGGCGGUGAUGGUGGUCGUUGUGGCAUUGGAAUUGUUCGGAUCGAUGGAGAAGAUAAGAUGGGCACUACGGCUGCGGCGGGGUUGCGGAGCUGGGCACGGCGGAGGUAUCAACGGUCGUAGAAGCGGAGGUAGACCACGAGGACAACAACGAUUUCGCUAGAGAUCAUAUUAAGCAAUGGCUGCGAUUUCACCGUUGACAACCAUGUUUGUUAACAACCUUUGUUAAUUGCUGGGAGAUAAUUCAUCUUUUGGGUUUCAACCGAUGCAAGGUUACAUUAAUGGGAACGAAAUAGGAAAGAGGAUGAAGAUGGCCACUUGAACAGUCCAGAACUGAUUUUCUUUUGUACCCAUUAAUUCUUCUGGUUUCCUGAUAUGGGCCAAUCAGACCUUGAAGCCUCCCCCUCUGAAGGUAUGUGGGUCACCAAAUGGUCCACCUGUUACUUCAACUAGACUCAAACUCAGUGAUGGAAGGUAUUUGGCUUACAAAGAGAUAGGGGUUUCCAAGGAAAAAGCCAAGUGCAGAGUCAUCAUCACUCAUGGCUAUAACAGCAGCAAGAAUGACCUCUAAGUGCCACUCUCUCAAGUAUAUACUCCUCUCUUACCCAAAGACUUUGCAAGUUAAUUUGUUAACUUUUUUUAGAAAUUCCUCUUUAUAAUUUUAUCUUUGUAAAGCUUAGUAACAAAUUCAACUGUAAUAGCCUUUAGCUAUCCUUUGGUUAGCUCUAGGCUUUGUUGUUUUGUUUUUGGAAGUGCUGUCUUCCUCCUUCUGUACAUUCUGUUUCAAUCUAUAAAAUUAUCUUACUUAGCACCAAACUAAAUAAGUAAUUAAUAAAUUUAAAAAAGAAAAAGAAAAAGGAACAAGACCCUUAAAGGUCUUACUUUGUAGACCAAGUGUAUGAAGAAUUAGUUAUAAGUUAAGAAGUUUAUCUCAAUCAAGAUGUUUGGAUGGGUGAUAACUUGGGCCAUGUAGAGAAAGAAAUGAAUUCAGUUGAAAUCAACUGAAGUCAUCCAACCGAUCUACUAGAUGGGACCAGUCAAAUGGUGGGUUCAUCUCUUUUUUAUGGUAAUGUCUAAGGCUAAGGAUGAAUUCAAAUGUAAAAUUUUUAUCACCCAUUCCUUUUGUGUUGUUUUUGUUCUAAUAUUACCAUUCUCUACAUUCCUCACAAGCCAUGGCCUUGAGGUGUGCAAAAAUCCUACCACCAGCUGCCAGUGUAAAUGAUAUCCUGCUUAUCUGUUGGUCUUUAGAUUUGAACCCGUAGUGUCACCUGGAAAGGAGUGUUGGUAGUUCCCAUGUUACACGCACAUAUUAUAUGCAUAUAUCACCCUCCUCUUAAUUUCACUUUAUACUUGCAAGAACUGCAUAGACUGUUGUUUGUUUCAUCAAUACUUGGUCUUAAAUUGAAAAUCUACUGAUUUGGAAAGCAAAUUUGGAUAUUUUUUGGGGGACUCAUUCAGUUAUACUGCAAAGUUUUCGUUAUAAUGAUUUUGAUGUUUCACUUCUCUGUUCUUUAGAAGUUGAAGAUUUAGUAGUGUUCAGAAAACUAUUUCAAAAAUAAAUCUGACAGAUUUUCGGGUAUUUGAGAAUAUUUAUAAAAGUCAUGGCUAAAGAAAUUUGCUUCUAAAAGAAUGUUGUUUGCUGAAUCUUAUAAUCUUCAUAAAUUUACAUUUGGGAACAACAAUUUUGUGCUUGUACUCUAUGGUUAUCAUGCCUCCAUUAUUUUGCCACAUUCAUCAAUUUACCUAUGUUGUCUUAUUUUCUGUAGUAAUGUGUUUCACAGCCAUUGGCAACAUUCUUUAUCUUGCUGGGACAUCAAUGUUAAUUCGGAGACUCUAAAUAAAUUAUCUAAUUCUUGGACCAACAUUCAACUUUAAAGACACCUAGUUGCACAUCAGUAUGAUGCUUAGGUCGGAAAAGUAUGUUUGAUAUCUAUAUGGUUGGAGCAUUGACAACACUAUACAAACAAAGACUAUGAAUCAAAUACAUACCAAACAGGUAUUUCUCUCUCUAUCUCUCUCUCUCGUGCUUACAUAAUUCAAUAGAAUUGCAAGAAUUUUAAGAAAUUUAUUUGAUUCAUACUGAACUUUCAGUCAACAUUGAAAUUUUUAUUUAAUAUAGAACUUAUGAAUUCUAUAAAUGUCUGGAACUCAGCAUAUAUAUAUAUAUAUUUAAAAAAAUUGAGCCAGGACUAGAACUUCUUCUAAAACUGCAAUAUGAAAACCACUUUUGCAGGCUAGCUGGGAUGGCUCUAGUAGUUCCACUUACCAAUCCAUGGUGGCCUUCUUUGCCUGUCAUCAAUCAUUGUUGUUUAAAUGGCUGCCCUUUAUUUUUAUCCUCAAUUUUAAGACCAACAAGAUUUGUUGCUAUGUAAUUUUUCAGAUGCAUACUACAAUUUCUGUUUUAAGCCAUAAUGACUGCAUUCUUUGCAAGACAAAUUUGAAUGAUUUUGGACUUCCUUUUCUCUGAAAACAAUUCUCAAACUUUUUCCUAAAAUCAACACUCUUUCCAAUUUAGUUAAACUAUCAUCAAAAUGAAAUUUGAACUUUUCUGCUCUCAAAAAACUGAACUAAGCAGUUCAUGGAUUGUGGAGCCAUAUAUUUCGUUUCUCGUGAUUGUGUAAAGGUCAUGUUUCUAUGCAGAAUAAUGUACUGCAGCAAGAUGUCUAUGAAUCCCUCUAUCGAGACGUGAUGGUGUUCUAUGGCAAAUGGUAGUUUGACCCAACUGAUCCGGAAGAUCCAUUCCCUGAUGGUGAGGGCUCUGUUCAUCUCUGGCAAGGUUAUGAAGAUGGAUGGUUCCGUCUACUGCAACAAUACAUUUCGAAAAAGUUACUUUGGAUUCGGUAUCAUGAAGUUCCUGGUGGUGGGCAUUUGAUGUUUCAUGAGGUUAUUCACUGUGAAGCCAUCCUAAGGGCGCUUUGCAAUGACAAGAACACUCUUUAUAGUGAAGCCAAAUGAUAGGUUUCCUGAUAUGGGCAUAUCAGACCUUGAAGCCUCAAUCUCCAAAGGUCUGUGGGUCACCAAAUGGUCCACCUGUUACUUCACCUAGACUCAAACUCAGUGAUGGAAGGUAUUUGGCUUACAAAGAGAUGGGUGUUUCCAAGGAAAAAGCCAAGUACAGAGUCAUUAUCACUCAUGGCUAUAACAGCAGCAAGGACCUCUAUGUGCCACUCUCUCAAGAACUAUUGGAUGAGAUGGGCAUAUAUAUUGUGACAUUUGACAGAGCUGGCUAUGCAGAAAGUGAUCCAAACCCAAAGCGCUCAGUGAAGAGUGAAGCCUUUGAUAUUCAAGAACUAGCUGAUCAAUUGCAGCUGGGACCCAAGUUUUACGUGGUUGGGCUCUCCCUUGGAGCUUACACCACUUGGGGUUGUCUCAAAUACAUACCAAACAGGCUAGCUGGGAUGGCUCUAGUAGUUCCAUUCAUCAAUCCCUGGUGGCCUUCUUUGCCAACCAAACUCUGCACUGAGGCCUUCAGAAAAUUUCUCCCAAGGGACCAAUGGGGAUUUCGCGUCGCGCACUAUGCCCCCAGACUAUUUUGGUUGACCCAAAAAUUGUUGCCUUCCACAAUGAUGAUGUCUUUGGAGGAUUUCAUGGAAAGAAACCCCGAAGUUUACAGAAAAUGUGAUAUGGAAGUGCUUAGUAGGAUGUCACAAAUUCUGAUGGAUAAUGGGCAUAAGGUACAGCAGCAAGGUGUCUAUGAAUCCCUCUAUCGAGACGUGAUGGUGUUAUUUGGCAAAUGGGAGUUUGACCCAACAGAGCUGGAAGAUCCGUUCCCUGAUGGUGAGGGCUCUGUUCACCUCUGGCAAGGUUACGAAGAUGGGAUUGUUUCCUUUCAACUGCAACGAUACAUUGCGCAAAAGCUACCUUGGAUCAAGUAUCAUGAAGUUCCUGGUAUUGGGCAUAUGAUGUUUCAUGAUGAUGUUCACUGUGAAACCAUCCUAAGGGCACUUUGCAAGGAGAAGAACACUCUUUAAUAUUGAUUUUCUAAGUAGUAAAGCUUUUAAGUUAGUUCUUGAACAAUCAAAGAGAUGCUACAUUGGAUUAUAUUUGAAUGUUUCCGACGUAAUAGACUUUUUAUUAUCCAUUUGCAUUCAAAUUUUCAAGCAA